AGCCGGGAAGCAAGAAUCGGAUAACGAGACGCCCAAAAAAGUAAAGAGAGGGAGAGAGAGGGAGCUCGCCUUCUCCUCUCCAUCAAUGGAGAUUCUCAGCAAUCCUACACACUUCCUCUCUUCUUCUUCUUCCCGCCAACAAUUCCCGCGAUUCUUCUCCCCUCAAUUAUCAAAUCCGUUUCUGCCUAUCUCCCACGGAACUUCCAUCCUCACUCACCGCUCCAGUCUCUCCCUCUCCAAAUCCGCCUCCAUUGCAACCACCACCUUCGCCCUGGCCGACGACGGCAUUGGAGUUUCUUCAGGUGCCGAGGUCGCCAACGAUCUUACGCUUGAAGCAAGGAGGAAAGCUGCCGAUUUGUCACUGAGGGGCACUUCCAUAUUCCUUGUUGGAAUGAAAAGUUCGAUGAAAACCAAUUUGGGGAAGCUGCUGGCGGAAGUGUUCAAUUACUAUUACUUCGACAGUGAUGAAGUCGUGGAGCAAGCUGCUGGUGGUUCCUCUGCUGCCCAGUCAUUCAGAGAGAGCGACGAGGAGGGAUUCCGUGCAACCGAGACAGAAGUGUUGAAGCAAUUGACAUCCAUGGUGAGACUGGUAGUGUGUGCUGGAGAUGGUGCUGUUCAAAGCUCGACCAACUUGGCGCUUUUGAGAGAUGGGAUUUCUCUAUGGGUUGAUAUACCUUUAACCACGACACCCAGCAGCAUGAUUUCAGCCGAUUCUAGUUCCGAGGUUCUUGCUGCGUCUGAAGAUCUGAGAGGUAGAUAUGGCACAGCUGAUGGAACCAUUUCCCUACAACGGGUGGCUGCGAAACUAGGCUACGAAACGUUGGACUCCGUCACCCCUGAAGAUAUGUUGCUUGAGGUUCUGAACACGAUAGAGAAACUGAUGAGUGCAAAGAAGAUGAUGGAAGCUGCGGCUACACCAUUUUAGUGCCUACUUCUCUCCGACUGCCAAGUUUUUGCAGGGUAACUCUUUAUCAUGAAUCUUGGCUUCAGCUGCUAUUGACUUUGCCUUCAUGCAUUGGCACGAUUGUAUAAAUUAGGCCAGUAGAGGCUGCAAUUUUGGGCCGUGAACUUUAUACAAGAUCACCAACAUGCCACAUAUGCUGCGAAGCAUUCGACUUCGGAUCGAUGUAUGGUGAAAGAUCGGAAUUGGUUACGAGCUCUGCAUAGUGAUAGAAAAAUGGUCCGUGAAUGUGCUCAAGAUAACACUGGAUUUAUGCCCUUUGUCAUAUACCAAAAAUUGUGUUAGGUGUCUUGAUAUAUAAACGUUGAAAGAUCCGGCCGCAUGGGUUUGAUAACAUUAUUUAAUGUGUUAUAUCUUCAGCAUUACAAAUUACAUCUGAAGCGAGAACCAUAUCUCAUUCACCCGACCGGAAUGCUCGAACGGCGAGUUAUACUGCGCCACGCUGUACUUAAUUUUCCCGGCGCCACCAUCUCCAGCUUUCGCAACGGGGUCGGCCCAUUUGGUGCCGGCAAGGCUGGCCUGCAAGUUGGCCGCCUCCACGCCGACGUCGUUAUCAGCCACGAAGCCGCCGAAUUGCCUCACCGCCACGUAGGUAGGACCCCACCGCUGCACGUGGAGCCCCGCCGCCGGUGGUGGGUUCGCCUGGUUCUUCGCCGGGACGUAGAAGCUUGCCGUGAAGGAUGACUUGCAGAUUGGGCCGUCACUAGGGAGGACGUCGAUGACGACUGGGGCAGUCAUUUCGAUGGGCUGGGAGUACUUGUUCUUGCCUUGGAUGUAAUCAAACAGCAAGAAGAAGCCGGUUCUGGUGGCGUCGACGAGGGAGAUAUCCUGAAUCGGAAGAGUGGUAAUCCAAACCGACGAGUUAUAGCGACGAAUCUCGUAUCCGUUCCCACUUUCCACGACGCUGUAGCCGGGACACUCUAUCCGGUUGCAGCUUGGCGGGAACUCGGCCACCACUCCUCCAGUAUUACCGCCGGCGCCACCACUCUUCUCCGCCAAGAUAUCCCACUGCCCGGCGGCGGCGGCGGCGCCAAAGGUGUUGGCGAUGGAGAUGAGGCAAAUGAGAAAAGAGAGUUUGAGGAAUCCCCGGCUGCCGGCCGCCAUUUUGUUGGGUGGAGGCUGCUAAAUCUGAGGAGUUGUUGGGUUAGGGAGAUGGGUGGGUGGAAGAAUGAAGAUGCAGGUUGGAUUGGAUUUGCGGAAGAGAAGAGAUAAAGAGGGAGUUGGAUGGAUUAUUACCAUCCACUAGUUUUUUCUCUUCUUCUUCUUCUUGUUGAGACGAUAUGAAUGGGAUUGAUGGACCGACGGUUCGAUGGA